AUGACGGAGGCGGCCCAGGCAGUGACCAGCAUUCCCCUGCACCCCUGGGGCGGCGGUGGCGAGGAGGCCCCUCACCGUCUCCUGGGCAGCCAGGUAAACAAGCCUGACCCCCAGCCUGCUGACAUGGCCUCCCCCUCUUCAGGGGACCCCAGCAAGGCAAGUCUGCCGCCUCCUCCUUUACCUCCUCCAGGUCCGUCUGUGUCGCAGGAGAUCCGCUUCCCGGACAUCUACGGCGGGGACACGCAGCUCUGGGAGGCGCACUUCCGCGGCAUCGGGCGUGCCUACCGCGCACUGGGCAAGGGGGACGACUUCACCAUCCGCGUGCUCACCGAGGACUUCACGCUGCCCUUCCCGUUUGCCUGGCCACCGGGGCCCGACCCUGCCAACGGGCCGCUCUUCUAUGACCCGCACGACCGCACCGGCUUCGACUUCCUGCUGCAGGGCCCGGGGGCCCUGCCGCCCGCGCUGCUGCGGCCCCUGCACAGCACGGCACAGGCGGCCCUGCGCAAGCGGCAGCUGGAGCGCCUGGCACUGAGCUACGCGCAGGCGGGAAGAGGGCCAGGCCCGGAAGCAGCCUGCUGCUGCCCUGCGCCCUCCCCCACCAGCCCUGGUCUGCAGCACAGGCCCCUGCAGAGCCGAGUUCUGGGGGCCUCCCCAUUUCCUGACUGUGCAUCCAACUCGGGGGGCUGGACCCGAUAG